AUGACGGACAAACAGCCAGUUCCAGCUGAAGAGGUGGGUACUUCAAUAAGUUGCUGAUUUUCCCUUGGAAAGUUAUUGUUUUUGUCAAAAACUUAUGUUAAUAAUAAAGUUUGAGGCUUAAAAAAUUAAUUUGUUUGCAGAUCCGCUCUCAUAUCAAGGAGAAGGCACCCGAAACCGAUGGAUUUUAUUUCCAACAGACCAUGUAUAGGAUCAAGGAUCCCAGAAAAUCCAUUCCAUUCUACACCAAUGUUCUGGGCAUGACGUAAGAGGCCGAUUUUGAGGAUUUAUUAUCUUUUAUGAUCUAUGUUAAUUAAAAAAUGAUGUUUUUAUCAAAUUUUGGGCUAGUGUAAUAUAUCGAAAUACCAAAAAUUUUUGCUAGAAUUUUUGAUUGAAUUCCUAUUUAUAAGGCCUCACAACUCUAUUUACAGCCUCCUGAAACAAAUGGACUUCAUUGGCGGCGAGUUCAGCUUGUUCUUCUUGGGCUACAAGGACCCCAAAGAGAUCCCUUCUGACGAUCAUGCUGCUCGGAACUUUGCUCUGUCAACUCAUUCCACCAUCGAAUUGACUCAGUAAGACUUCAUUUGACCCGUUGAAAUACUUGUUAUGCAAUUUCAGCAACUGGGGAACCGAAAAUGACCCGAAUUUCACCUAUCACAAUGGGAACAAGGACCCAAGAGGAUAUGGUAAGUGAAAUUUUAAAAAAUUUUGUUGGUUGAUCAACAAAAUCAGAGCGUUUUCUGAGGAGUAAAUGAUGUCUUGCAUCUCAGGACACAUCGGAAUCCAUGUGCCGGACGUUUACAAGGCCAGCGAGCGGUUCGAAAAAUUUGGCGUUCCGUUUGUGAAAAGGCCCGAUGAUGGCAAAAUGAAGGGUCUCGCCUUCAUCCAAGACCCUGACGGAUAUUGGAUUGAAAUCUUCAACGCUGGAAAUGUCUAA